AUGCGCCCCCAGGAGAUUGGCUUGCUGAAGAAUUCCAUGGCGCUGGAUAGAUACGAGGCUGAUCCAGAGCCGAAGAUGGCAGUGGCUGUUCGAAGUCAUUGGCCAGUGAGCGUUGUUAAGAAGCAUGAGGACAUGGAGUCACACAUCCUGACCAAUCUCGUGGAGAACUUUGGUCAUGUCAAUGUUGAGGAAAUCCUAUGA